AUGGAUAGAGCUGCCAUCCUAGCACAAAAAAUCGAAUUCCUAUCAAAUAAGAGAAAAAUAAAAUGUUGACGUUGAUGGAAAUUUAAUUCCGAGAACAAUCCAUAAGGAGCAGGUAGGACCCAUCCUGAUAAGCUGAAAGCAGGGCCUCUGUCCCUUUGAAUAGGCCUUCAGGCUCCUUACUGAAGAAGGAAAUUUUGUUUCUCCCCGAAGGUUUUCCUGUCCCUGCCAAAUGGGCUCAACAGGUAUUGCCUACGACAUAGUCUUCCCUUGUCGGGACCAUAAGACACUCUACAAACAGUGGUUAUGCCUUAGGUAGCUGAUACUUUGACAGGUGGUUCAGAACGGAAAUCAAAAAUCGUCGCCUUCCAUUUACCUCAUUUGAGCUUCGAGGUCUAUGGAGGUAGCUAUUAUAUGAUCCGAGACAAGGCAAAGGCUUGCCCGCUUAUGGCCAGUUUAAUUGUUUAAUUUAUUAAUCAAAUCAGAAUAAAUCUCUCAGAGAGAUGCUUGCAGAAACAGAAAAAGAAACAGAAAAAAUAGCAAAUCAGGCAAAAGAAGAAACAAUGCGAUUUACUCAACUUCUCGAGCUGGUGCUUCCUAUUCUCAAGCACGUAAGCAAACCAAAAGAAUCAAGGUCAAUCCAAUGUUCCAUUCCAACUCAGACUAAUGUGCAUGAAUUUAUCUAUCUACACAAAAUCGGUGAAUCACUAGAAAAAUUUAUGGAUAAACUUAAUGAAAGUUACAUGGAAAAAGCAAAAGAUGAGGCAUUGAUUUCUCAAUUAGACGAAAACUCAACUAAAUUAAUAUCUGAAUCAGCAGUUCUUCAAUCCAGGAUUGAAAGCUUACGAAAUCAGAAAGCUCAAUUAGAAAGCUCAAUUUCAGGUCUCGUUAUAAAGAAAAGACUUGCCGAAAGCCACUUGUAUUCAUAUGGUGAUUACCCAGCUUUCCUAGGUACUUUCGAUAAUAUUUAUAAAUAA